AUGGAGUUGGUGGACGGACCUGUGGACUACCGGAGGCCACACUGCUACUUGCCGCACCACCCUGUCUUCAAACAAUCAAGCACAACGACGAAGGUCAGGGUCGUCUUCGACGCGUCGUGCAAGACGUCGUCCGGCUACUCGGUGAAUGAAAAGAUGCUCGUUGGACCGGUCGUUCAACCGGACCUGCUGUCGACGCUGCUGAAGUUCCGGUUUCAAGCGGUCGCACUGGUGGCGGACGUCGAAAAGAUGUACCGUCAAGUGCUCGUGCAUCCUGACGAUCGGCCUCUGCAGCGGAUUGUUUGGCGAUUCAACCCGACGGAUCCCAUCUCGACCUACGAAUUGCGGACGGUCACCUACGGCACGGCGAGCGCUCCGUUUCUGGCAACCAGAACGCUUGCUCAGAUCGCGCAAGACAACAAAGAACUCCACCCGGACGCUGCUGAAGCUGUUGCACGAGAUUUCUACGUCGACGACUUGAUUUCUGGUGCGCCGGACGUGGAAACGGCGAUCAAACAGCGCCGCGAGAUAUCUACGAUGCUUGCUGCUGCUGGUUUCCCGCUCAAGAAGUGGGCGUCUAACGCCCCUGAAGUGCUACGAGACAUUCCACCCGAGGAUCUUGCACUUCUGCCGGUUUACGACCUGCAAGAUGGUCAAACUGUAACCACACUCGGCAUCGUUUGGGACCCACAGACAGACACCCUCUGUUUCCGGGUCCAACUACCACCCCCUGCGUCGGUGCUCUCAAAGCGCAAAGUGAUGUCUUACAUCGCACAGAUUUGGGACCCGUUUGGACUGGUUGGUCCAACAACAUUGAAGGCGAAGCUGUUUAUGCAGCGCUUGUGGGCGCUCAAACACAAAGGAGAAGCCUGCGCGUGGGACACCCCGCUCCCACUCAAGAUCCAGCUGGAAUGGAAGGAGUUCCAUAUGCUGCUGCACAUGCUCAGCCAGGUCAAGGUUCCGCGGUUCGUCUCUACGCCUGGCGCCACUAUCCAGUUGCAUUUUUUCUCCGACGCGUCGGAAAAGGCUUACGGCGCCUGCUGCUACGUCCGAGCUGCGGCCGCCAACGGAGUCACCACUCGUCUGCUGUCCUCGAAGUCCAAGGUCGCGUCGCUGUCGUCCCAUGACUCGAUCAACAAAUUGGAGCUAAAUGGUGGCCGGCUCUCUACGCAGCUGUACAAGAAAGUCAAGAAAGCCCUGAACCUGUCUGAUGCCGUUCCAGUCUUCUUCUGGACAGAUUCGCUUACGGUUCUUCAUUGGUUGAACUCUCUGCCCAGCCGUUGGAAGACGUACGUCGCAAAUAGGGUGUCCCAUAUCCAGCUGUGCACCAGCCGCCAUGUCUGGGGACACGUACCCGGCGUCGACAAUCCCGCCGACUACAUCUCUCGAGGACUGAGCCCGCUGGAACUGCUCGAUUGUCUGUGUUGGUGGUUUGGGCCCCUUUGGCUGAAGCAAAACCCGGACUACUGGCCAAAAACUGUGUUGACAGCCGCAGACGCCUCAGCUGUAACCAAGGAAGAACGCAAGGUGCCGAUCGUUGCGAUGACCACCGUCGAGGCUGAUUUCAGCAACCGUGUUUUCAGCUUGACCUCGAGCUUUCCUAAGCUCCGUCGCGACAUCGCAUUCUGCCAGCGCUUUCUUUCCAAGCUUCGUGAACGCUCGGUGCAACGGCGCGAUGCACCUGAACAGUACGCCCCGCUUACUGUUGGAAAAGUAACAACCCCUCUAUCGGUUACGCCGCUCUCUACGCACGAACUCCAACACGCUGAAUUCUCGCUGGUGCGCCUAGCGCAGCAAGAACACUACGCUGAGGAGAUUUCUGACCUCUCUGGAGGUGAACGGGUGUCCAAGUCGUCGCCACUCAAGUGGUUGAACCCGUUUGUUGACGAAAACCGUAUCCUGCGAGUCGGUGGCCGGCUUCGGAACGCCAAACUGACUCACGAAAGCAAACACCCGGUUGUUCUCUCUGCGCGACACCCGGUUGUUCUCUCUGCGCGACACCCGCUAACGGCUCUGUUGGCUAGUUACUUCCACGAGAAACUACUGCACGCAGGUCCCGCCCUCAUGCUGGCCACUCUCCGCCAGAAGUACUGGAUCUUGGGCGGACGAAACCUGGUGAAAUCUGUCUACCAUCGCUGCCACACCUGUUUCCGCAGUAAACCCACGCUGGUAAUCCAGAGCAUAGCAGAUUUGCCAGCAUCGAGGGUCGCACCAACUCGUCCGUUCUCUGUCUGCGGCGUUGACUACUGCGGGCCGUUUUAUAUCAAGUCACCUGUACGAAACCGCGCCCCCACCAAAGUCUACGUGGCCAUUUUCGUCUGCUUUUCGACCAAGGCGGUCCACAUCGAGCUGGUGAGCGAUUUGUCCACGCCAGCAUUCAUCGCUGCUCUACGUCGACUGGUCGCCCGCAGAGGACAGGUUGUCGAGUUGAACUCUGACAACGCGACCGCCUUCAAGGGUGCUGCGAAUGCACUACACCGUGUGUACCAGAUGCUGAAGGUCGAACAAGUCGAUCGGAAUGAGAUUUUCACCUGGUGCGCAGAGAACGGGAUUCGCUGGAAAUUCAUCCCACCACGCGCGCCGCACUUCGGCGGACUGUGGGAGGCGGCGGUCAAAUCCGCCAAAACACACCUACUCAAGACUAUGGGCACCACUAGUGCCAACUACGAGGACAUGCUCACACUGCUGGCGCAGAUAGAGAUGUGCCUCAACUCUCGCCCACUCACGCCCAUGCCGGACGACCCGGCAGACGCUGAAGUCCUGACCCCGGGACAUUUUCUCGUCGGGAGCAACCUCCAAGCCGUUCCGGAAAUGGACCUGAAGGAGAUUCCAGACAACCGCCUGAACAACUGGGAGCUGACGCAGAAACGAGUCCAGCAAAUCUGGGCACGCUGGUACCCCGAGUAUCUGCAGCAGCUUCAGUCACGUGCGACGAAAGGUUGCAACCCACCUGUCGCCGUCGAGGUCGACAGAGUCGUCAUCAUCAAGGAAGACAACGUUCCGCCUGCAAGCUGGCCCCUCGGAAAAAUCGUGAAGCUGCACCCGGGAAAAGACGGCAUCGUUCGGGUCGUGACCCUGAAGACAGCAGCGGCCAAGGAAGUCGUACGUGCUGUCGCCCGCAUCGCUCUCCUGCCAACACCAAGCCAAUGA